AGCUGUAGUGGGUGGCGUCAAUACGCCGCGCCAGCCGAGCCGGGUGUAGCCCAGCGCUUCUCUUCUGCUUUCUACCUGAGGCUUGCUUCUGCCCCCGCCGCCUGUAGACCCCGCUUCAUGUCCCCUGUGGGCACGGCACCCCACAACCUCCACGUCCAUGGCCGGUAGCCUGAGGGAGCCCCCCUCCUUCACCCCCGGUUCUUCCUCCUCGUCCCGCGACACAGACGACGAGGGCGUGCGCGGCACCUGUGAAGAUGCUUCUCUGUGUAAGAGGUUUGCAGUAAGCAUCGGAUACUGGCAUGACCCUUACAUCCAACACUUUGUGAGGCUGACGAAAGAGAGGAAGGCCCCAGAAAUUAACAGAGGAUAUUUUGCUCGAGUCCAUGGUGUCAACCAGCUUAUGAAGGCAUUUCUACGGAAAACAGAAUGUCAUUGUCAAAUUUUCAAUCUUGGGGCUGGGAUGGAUACCACUUUUUGGAAUUUAAAGGACGAAGAUCUUCUCCCAACUAAAUAUUUUGAAGUGGACUUUCCAAUGAUAGUCUCAAGAAAGCUACACAACAUCAAAAACAAGCCUCCCCUAUCAAACCCCAUUAUAGAAUUACAUUCAGAGGACACACUUCAUAUGGAUGGACACAUACUGGAUUCAAAAAGAUACGCCAUUAUUGGAGCAGAUCUCCGAGAUACACAUGUAUUGGAAGAGAAACUAAAGAAAUGUAACAUGAAUACACAAUUGCCAACACUCCUGAUAGCUGAAUGUGUGCUGGUUUAUAUGACUCCAGAGCAGUCUGCAAACCUCCUCAAGUGGGCAACCAACACUUUUGAGACGGCCAUGUUGAUAAACUACGAACAGGUGAACAUGGGUGAUCGGUUUGGGCAGAUCAUGAUUGAAAACCUGCGGAGACGACAGUGUGAUCUAGCAGGAGUGGAAACUUGCAAGUCAUUAGAGUCACAGAAAGAACGGCUGCUGUCGACAGGGUGGGAGACGGCAUCCGUGGUGGACAUGAUGGAGUUGUACAGCAGGUUACCGCGUGCUGAAGUGACCAGAAUAGAAUCGCUUGAAUUCCUGGAUGAAGUGGAACUUCUCGAGCAGCUCAUGCAGCAUUACUGCCUUUGUUGGGCAACCAAAGGAGGAAGUGAACUCGGUUUGAAAGACAUAACUUAUUAGUCUGUUGAAGGCACAUGCUGAGCCCCAGAAGCUGAAGCCACCAGCCUUCCCGGGGGAGCUAUGCUGAGCUCCCUGAGUGAUGGGCAGGCCUUGAGGUACUGAUCUCAUCCCACACUCUGAGAAACCUUGUUCUCAAAAUUUGUCGUACCAACUCUUGUUUCUGUUGACUUGUUUAAAUAAAUCACACUUGCCAUUGC